AUGGAGGUACAACAACAGCACGGUAGGGAGGACUUUUCAGGCGUCACCGACGACGACCGAACCGCGACACAUUUACCCGGAUCGCAACCUGAGGGAAACGCCUCAUGGAACCCGGCACUGAGACGCGAUAGCGAUGUGCCUAUGCCAGAGUUCAAUCAGCAGGAUGAAGAUGACGACUUCUUCGACCGAUAUUCCGGCGCGACCCCGAAGAAGCAGGGGCAGCAGCAGCCGAUAGAACAAGAGCAGAGCCCGCUUCGAGGGGUGGAGGCGGCGGAGAUGGACGAGCCACUAUCGCCGAUGCGGAGGAAGAGUAUAUCUGUGCUCUCGGUAAUAGAUGUGCAGGAGGACGACGCGACACCGGAGGAGCUGAGCCGAACGCCUUCACACCAUGUCGAAGUUAGUGGCUCGUUCCGAAGAGGGGCUGAUAGCUUUGAGGAAGAGGAUGACGAGGCGCUACCAAGGCCGGAGAGCAAGGACGAGGAGAAGGAGAUUCUAGAUCCUUUGGAGUCCAUGGCAGAGCAGAGGGUCGCACUCGAGGAGACAAUGCCUGAGACGGAAGCGCCGAAUGGAGAUGUGGAGGCGGGCGGUGCGGGAGAGAGGGACAACGCGGAAAUGGAGCGCAUCAUGAGCAGCCCGUCCGAGCAUUACGAGCACCAAGGCGAAGUCACGGCAAUGGAGGAGGCUAUCGAGCCCAGCGCAGACGCGCCUCUGAUCGAUGACGAGGAACCCUUGCCUACACCUGGGCUGGUGAGCAGGGAGCCCACAUUCCCGGUCCAGAAUACGGAGGACGAGGAGAAGCUGGAGUUUGACGGUGCAGCUUCACCGCGACAUCCUCAACUCAAGUCUGUGGCAGCGCCCCCAAAGAUCGACCGAUCCUUUACCUCGAACUUCUCAGACUCACCAGUCGUGCCGAAGCAGCCGCAAGAGCAGAGUAUACCGAAUGAUUGGCCUUCUGCGGGCGAUGACAGGACGUUUGGAGAAUUGCUAGAUCAUGAGAGCCAGCAGCAACCAAUACCGGCGGACGGAGAAGCUCUAGAGCAAAUAGCGGCAGAAGAGUCAGCGCAGGUGGCUUCUCUAGAUGACGAUGAGCUUCUUCCUGAAGAAGAGGGCGAGGUCAAGGAGGAGGAUCUGGCCGCAGCGUGGGGAGAGGUUCUAGAUGAUGACGAGCUACUCUUGGAGGACACGCCCACAGAUGGAGGUGUUGACCCGAGCUCGUUCUUCGGUGGAGGAGACGAUGACGAUGGCUUUUUACAGGAUGAGCCAGCGCCGGCACCCUCAGCUCCGCAGCAUCAGCGAGGAGCAUCGCAACCCAACGCCUACCAGGCUCCACAACAGCGGCCACAGUACACUUCAUCAAAGACUACGCAGAUUUUUGGUGGUCAACAUGGCCGCUCAGCGGGCACACCGUCAACAGGUCUAGACGAUAUCUACACUAUUGCCGGCUCAGUCCAGCAACCUCCUCAGUACGGGCAAGCUCAACAGCCCCUGCAACGACCCGCGAUGAACCAGGCCCAAAGUUUCGUCGAUAAAGCGAAGGGUGGAUAUCAGUCUCCUUACGAUCUACCUAUGGAGGUAGUCAAGCCCAGACGGAGACCGCAGCAGACGCCGCAUCAAUCGCAGCAGAAUGUCUCGGGUUCGGCUCCUGCGCCUCCUCCACGGACUAGCAGCAUGUCGUCUUCGUUCCAGCCUGGCCAACCGCAAGCACUCCCGUCAAGAAAUGUGACUGGUAGCGUAGGCAGCCUCUCUCCUCCGCAGUCGAGUGGUUCUACCACCGCAGGUCAACCAGCUGGCGCACUACCGCAAGGGCGAGCAACAGGUACGCCGAAGCAGGGCAGCAGCGGUUUCUUCGAGGACCUGCCCAUGACUGCGAAGCCCAGAGCCAGACCGACCGGUGCGUACACGCCACAACAGCAGCAAGGUGGUGUGCCAGGCAUGCCAACACCGCCGCCUUCGAUGGGUCCGCCUUCGUUGGCUGGGUCAAGACAGAACACUGGUUACAUGCCGCAGCAGAUGCAGCAACAGCAGGCGAACUUGCCUCAGACCCCACCAGUGCAGCAACAACAGCCUCCGGUUUAUGCUGGGCUGAGAAAGCCGGAGCAGAUGGAUUUGCUGCCGCAACAACCAGUACAAGCACCAGCACAAGGGUUGCAGCCUCAACCUGGUCAGAUGCCUCCGGUGCAGAAGACGAGAUAUUCUCCGAAUCCGCAACAACAGCAACCAGUGUCUGCCGCUGGAUCGUCUUCGCUGUCAACACCACCUGCUCCGCCCGCAGCCUCCGGACGAUACUCUCCAGCACCAGCAUCUACGCAAGCUGCUCAGGUUCCGUCAGCUGCACCAGCAAGAUACUCGCCAGCGCCACAGUCAAUGCCAGCCCCAGCGCAAGCUAAGCCAAGGAACCCAUCCGUGCCGAGCAACGUCCACCAAUUUGCACCACGAACGAGUAGUCCGCUCGCCGGGUUGAAUCUGGACAAACCGCUCCCCAGCUCUCCCCCUCGAGCAAGUGUGCAACAGCAUCCACAGCAGCAGCAGAUGACGCCUCCCGAGCAGCCGCCGCCUUCUAGGUAUGCUCCAUCGACUGACGCUGUCAUGCAGCAUCCUGGCAUGGUACAGCCACCGAUGAACUUCUCGCCGCCUACUCAGCGGCCACGAACGCAGAGUCCGGAUGCUGCGAUGAAGAGGCCGAGAGUGCUGCAGGAGAUGGGAAGACCGAGCUCUUCAGCUGGCGUUGGACGAAUGCCUCAGCAGCAACCACAGCAAGCGGCUCUGCCUACAAGGUCUGGACUUCCACAUCGCCGACAGUUCUCGCGUGACCUCACCUUCGCCGCACCGCAAGACGAGCGCAGUCAGGAUCCUUUGCAACGAUGGAAAGGCUACCCGAUCUUCAAGUGGAGCGCUUCAGGCACUGUCCUCUCCACCUCCCCCAAGCAAACGCCCUUCUACGCCGCAGGCCAAGGCAUGCCCUCCGUCAAAUGCACACCCGGCCCCAUCACCAUCCAAGACGCCACCACCUUCAUGCCCCUCGACGACCGCACCGCCAAAUUUCCCGGUCCCCUCACAGCACGCAGCAAGCGCCAAAAGAAAGACUUGCUCGCCUGGCUCGAGACGAAAAUCUCCGACCUCGACCGCCAGACCGAGAGCGUCAUGCUCCACCCCACCCUCGACCCCACCACCCGGAAACGCACCGAAGAGAAACUCCUCCUCUGGCGCCUCCUCCGCGUCUUCGUCUCCCACGACGGCGUCCUCGAAGGCACCCCCGCCCUUGAAGCCGAAUCCCGCGCCAUCCUCCUCCCCAACCUCGCACAGAUGGCGCAAGUCGCUGAUCUCCAAUCCCCCGGCUCCGCGGCCGCUGCCGCAGACCCAGUGGACAAGAAGGUCCUGUUCCAGAUUCGGCAGGCGCUUCUCGAGGGCCAACGCGAGAGGGCGGUCUGGCUCGCUGAGGAGAAGAAGUUGUGGGGUCAUGCGAUGCUGAUCGCUUCGACGCUGGGUCCGGAGAGUUGGAAGCAGAUCGUGCAGUCUUUCGUGCGGAGCCAGGUCAAGAGCGUGGGCGCUGAUGCCAGGAGCACGGCGGCGCUGUAUCAGGUUUUCGCGGGGAACAGCGAGGAGUGCGUCGAUGAGCUCGUGCCGCCGAGCGCGAGAGCGGGGUUUCAGUUUAUUGGGGUCGAGGAUAAGAGGGCCGGAGGCGAUCCGUUGGAGGGCUUAGAUCAGUGGCGGGAGACUGUGGGCUUGGUGGUGGGCAAUCGGACGGCGAAUGAUGUGCAGAGUCUGCUUGCGCUGGGUAAGUUGCUGCAGGGUUAUGGGAGGGUGGAGGCGGCGGGUGUGUGUUGGCUGUUUGCACGGCAGAGCGUUAAGUUGUCCGGGCAGGAUGAGGAGGGCGUGGAUGCUGUGUUGAUUGGGGGCAAUCAUUCGGUGAAAGAUGAGGAGGGGGUGUUGGGACCGGAUCUGGAUGCGGUGCUGGCGACGGAGGUGUACGAGUACGCUUCUUCGCUGUCUGCGCAGGCGAACUCGGCGCCGUAUCUGCCGCAUUUGCAGGCUUAUAAGCUCAUCCACGCGCAGAACCUGGCGGCUUCCGGGCUCAAGACCAAAGCACAAGUUUACUGCGACGCCAUCACGUCGGCUUACACCUCUACGACACGGCCAUCGCCUUACUACCAUCCGACUUUCACCUCCGCGGUUGCGGAGUUUAGCGCUUUCCUCGCGCAGACGCCGCAUGAUGGCAAGGCGGGCUUCUUCUCUAAGCCGGCGAUGAACAAAGUCUCGUCUGGCGCUGCGAGCUGGUUCAGCAAGUUCGUCGCUGGAGAUGAGGACUCCGAGUCUAAUGCCAGCGGCCAUGGAAGCGAAGGCGGAGCAGGGCCAUUUGGCGGCGUCAGUGGAGAGUCCCCGGAUCUGUCGCGCACAGGCAGCGGGACAGAACUCUACAACCCUGCCAUGGGCGCUGGCAUGCCCAUCCCAACCUCCACCGUGCCCCAACAGCCAGCAUUCGCGCCCAGCAGCGGACCGAGUCGCUACGCCCCGUCCAGCCAAGGCAGCCAGUUCACCUCCGGAAGCCUCGGAGCAACAGCGAAAUAUGCACCACCAGGCCAGCACUCCUUCGCCGCCCACGGCUUCCCCGCCGCAGAACCCCAGCGUCCUGGAUCCGCGCGCUACGCGCCUGCGCCUUCGAGUAAUAGUCUUGGGGUUCCAAGACCGGAAGCCAUGCGUAGAGGAUCGGAAAACAGUCUGCCCUACGCUCCUGCUUCGAGGCGAGGGUCAGCGCAGGAUACGAGCUCCGUGGGGAGCUAUGAGCCCCGUCCGCUUUUGGCGGAUGAGGGGUCGAUGUAUAGUUACUCCCCCGCCCCCUCGCCGCUCGUGCAAGCGCAGCAGGCGCCUGCGGUGCAGGAACCAGAGAGCGCACCCUUAGACGCCCCCAGCGGCACGUUCACCGCACAGGAACCAGAACUCGAUCCCGAAGACGGCAGCGGCGGUGGUGGCUACGCUCCUCCAACGUCAGGAGGCUACGAACCACCGAGUUAUUCGACCUACCAACCUUACGAACCCGACCCGGAAUCCCCCUCCGAUACCGCCAACCCCGCGCCAAAGAAAAUGCGCCUCCCCGGCGAGGACUCCGACGACGAGAUGCACGAGCUUACGCGCCGCGCCGCCGCCUUGAAAAAGUCCCAAGCGGAUCGCGCCGCAGACGAAGCUUUCCGCAAAGCCGCCGAAGCCGACGCCGCGCGGGACAGCAAAUCGAACAACAGAGACAGUUUGUCGGGCGAGCAGAAGAAAGGCUGGCUCACCGGCUGGUUUGGAGGGAAGAAAGAGGGGACUGCGUCCCCGGGGCCGAUCAAGGCGAAGCUCGGCGAGGAGAAUUCGUUCUACUAUGACGAGAAUCUGAAGAAAUGGGUUAAUAAGAAGGGUGGAGCGGAAGCCGCGGCGCCUGUGAGUGCGACGCCGCCGCCGCCUAAGGGGAUGAGUCGGGGACCCUCUGGGAUGGGCGGCAGUGGAAGUGGGCCACCGUCGAGGGUGGGGAGUAUGGGACCCCCGCCGCCGAGGCCGGGAACGAGUGGCACGAAUGCUUCUGGGAGCGGUGUUCCUGGGUCUGGACCGCCGAGCAGGAGUGCUACGCCUGCUUCUGACGCCGGAGGCGCCGCUGGACCAGUUGGAGCGGUGAACGGUGACACAGCAGCGGCGUCAGCGGUUCCUCCGUCCAUGGCUGCGCCCCCGAUGCGACCGAGCAGCAGUCUGAGCACGGCGAGUAGUAUCGACGACCUUCUAGCUGGAGGCCCGCCGGGCGCUGGGGGCAGGAAGGCGGGGACGGUGAAGAAGAAGAAGGGGGGGAGUCGUUACCUCCCAGACGCAACCGUAGACGAUGGAGGGUAG